AGAGAAGGAAAGAGGGGGACUGAGAGUUUAGGCCUUUUAGCUCAGUGGAGCCGCUCAGCAGCCCGGUUCUUUGUGCAGAUCUUCAGAUUUUUCAGUGAUCAGAGAUCUGUCCAUACUGAGUUUCUGAGUGUAGGACUUGAGGAUGGCAUUUCGGAUGUUGAUGGUGUGUGUGCUGGCUACGUUGGUUUGUCAGGUGUGGAACUCUGCAGAACCUCAACACAGUGAGGAAGAGUUUCACCCUCAGGUCUUUCACCCAUGGAGAAAUCAAGACAAGGGGCUGAUCAGAGUAAAGAGGGACUGGAUCAUCCCUCCAAUCAGAGUGUCAGAGAAUAGCAAGCAGAUUCCUGAAGCCCUUGUCCAGAUAAAAUCUGACAAAAUCUUCACUGGUGAGGUGAUCUACAAGUUAGAGGGACCAGGGGUUGACCAGGAGCCCAAGAACCUGUUUGAGAUUGAUGAUAAGACAGGGGUGAUUAGGAGCAAGCGGCCGCUGGACAGAGAGAAAUACAGCAGCUUCACGCUUAAAGCCUUUGCCCUGUCCCCCAGUGGAGAGCGACUGGAGAAUCCGACCACCAUAGAGAUAGUAGUGCUGGAUCAGAAUGACAACAGGCCUGUCUUCACUCAGAGCCAGUUUGUGGGUGCUGUCUCUGAGUUCUCAGUCCCAGGCACAUCAGUGAUGACGGUGUCAGCCACAGACGCAGAUGACCCAAUGACAGAAAACACCGUUCUGAGCUACUCCAUCAUUGGCCAGGAGAGCAUUCCUGCCAACGCCAUUACCAAGACCAUGUUUGGCAUCAACAACCAGACAGGUGCAAUCUACACAAGAGACGUAGGCCUGGACCGAGAGGUGGUGAAAGGCUUCAGGUUAAAACUACAGGUGGCUGAUAUGGGGGGGAUGGGACUAACAAGUGAAGGUGUGGCUUUUGUACAUGUGUCUGAUAUCAACAACCAUGCACCGCAGUUCAGCCCUGCCUCAUACAGCAUGACCACAGUGGAGAACAGGAACGACUAUGAGCUCGGUCGAGUGAAUGUGACAGACAGGGAUGAUCCUGGCACAAGAAACUGGGAGGCCAAAUACUCCGUUUUCAACGACCACAGAGGAAACUUUGCCGUCCGUACAGAUCCCGUCACCAACCAGGGAGUUCUCACGGUGGUGAAGCCCCUGGAUUAUGAAGCGCAGAGCGAACACACCCUGAUUUUGACUGUGAGAAAUCUUAACCCCCUGAGCAACAAGGCUUCCAGCCUGUCGCUGAGCACUGCCACGGUGAUGGUCACCGUUGUGAAUGAGAAUGAAGCUCCACGUUUCAGAGAGGACCCCAUACAGAUUGAGGUCCCUGAGUCUGUGCUUCCUGGCACACUACUGAAAAGCAAUAUUGCCUUUGACCCUGAUAAUUCUGAUCUGAGGUAUGAGAUUAGCAGAGAUCCUGAGAGGUGGCUGGACAUCAACAGUGAUACAGGAGACAUUACAGCAAAGGGGACCUUUACCAUGAGAUCUCCACAUGUCAGAAACAGCAUCUACAAUGCUGUUGUGAAGGCUACAGAUGCUGGUGGCGUUUCAGCCACUGCCACAGUGGCCAUCACAGUGAGAGAGACCAAUGACUUUCCCCCUCAGAUUUCCCCCCUGAGUGGUUUUGUAUGCGGAGGCGCGAGCAGAUCAAGUUCUGGUUUGGUUCUGAGCGCCGUGGAUGAAGACCUUCCACCGCAGGCUGCACCCUUUGUCUUUGAAAUACUUGAUGAGCUAUCAGUCAACUGGACCAUUACUCAAGUCAACGAUACUCAUGCUAUGCUCCAGCCCCUUGUACAGCUGGAGGUUGGAGAGUAUGCCGUCACAGUGCUGGUGUCAGACUCUGGCAGCCCAGCUCUGAGUGCUGAUGCUCAGGUCAAUGUCACUGUGUGUCUCUGUGACUCCUUCAGAGACUGUAAAUCUGAAGCGGGGGCUGUCUUAGGCUCCAGCGUGGGAAUCAGCUUCUUUGCGCUCGUUAUCAUUGUGGCCAGUAUUGCACUCCUGCUGUUUCUUCUCUUCCUGGCUGUGGCUCUGACUGCCUUUGGGAGAAGCCACCAUAUCAAGAAAGGAGCGGGUCUGCUUGUCGGGGAAUCAGAAGACGACAUACGUGACAAUGUCUUCAACUAUGAUGAGCAAGGUGGAGGCGAGGAGGAUGAGAAUGCCUUUAAUAUUGACCUGCUGUGGAAUCCUCAUGAUGCACCCCCCACACCGAGGUCCUUUUACCCGGGGUCUGGAAUUCCUCCUCGAGGCAAGCAGCCCCUUAGAAAAGACGCCCCGCAUAACCUGCCAUCCCCCAUCUACCCGCGGAGGCCUCCUGCAGAUCCUACUGACAUCCAGGACUACAUCAAUGAAGGUCUGGAUGCUGCUGACCACGAUCCUAAUGUGCCUCCAUAUGACACUGCCCUUAUCUAUGACUAUGAGGGAGACGGCUCACUGGCAGGAAGCCUCAGCUCUAUUGCUUCAGGGAGCUCCGAUGGAGAUCAGGACUACGACUACCUCAGUGACUGGGGACCACGCUUUCAGAAACUGGCCAGCAUGUACGACUCGCAUUAGGGUGGAAGGACGGGUGCACAGAAAGAAGACCUUUGUGAUUCACUGGCAGUUAGGGACACAGAUUAUGGCUCUGGAGGGUUUUUGUUUUUUGUUUUGGUCUGGAUACAUUUAGUCCAGAACAAAAUUUAAAGCGUGCCCAGGUAAAAUGAAUGGCGCAAAAGCAUGGGCCUUAGGUUUUAUUGAACAUGCUGACAAAAGGGCUCAUCACUAAUUUUUGUGGUUAGCUCAGGAAAAGGAAAGUGAGACAGUGAGAAAAUUGUGUGUUGACACGAUCAGCCAUGAGCAAAGGUGUGCGUGCUGCAGGGCAGAAAGUGUGUUGAAAUGUGUGUCCAUGUCUGGUGUUUACUCUCAUCCUUGGAUGGCUCAGGAAUGAUGCAUACAGGCCUGAGAUCUAAAAUAUGUUGGGUUUUUUUGUAUAAUUAUUUUAUAAGAUUCAUUUUCUUCUAUGUUAAUUUGUCUUUUUUUGAUGACACAGCCUUCAUUCCAGCAUCUGUUAAUCGUUUUGGAAGCCAUUUCAACACAAA